AGUCUCAGUUGGAGCACGCUCAGUUGGACUCCUUCCAAGUCAGACACCCACAGACCUGCAGUCCGGAUCUGAAGAGUCUUAGACGAAGAGUACCGUCCGAAAUCGAUCAAGACUUCAAAGAAGGUCUGAUGACGUCCUCUGGACUCUGACGGCGUCCCGCUCGGAUCAGGAAGAUCUGGCAACCUCACCGGUCCCACCAGACCAGAACCUCGGAUCUCUAUCGACACCAUCAGCCCGACCCUCACCAUGUGAUCCUGGAGUGGAGCUCUUCUUUGGAGACGCUCUCUUACAGACCGAACGUUCUCCUGAUGACUGAAAACCUUUAGUUCUUUGACCAAGAAACUUCGUCCCAAAACUUUGAAGGAUUUGUUUUUGUCUGUAGAAUAAAGGACUAGACCUUGAAGACCAUCUGGUGGAUUGAAGUCCACCUUUUUCUGCCAUCAAAGAGUCUUCAGAGAAGAGAAGAACGAGAGUUUUUCUAAUCGAUACUCGUAAAUAAACUCUUUCUAGAGAUGAGAGAGCUGCUUCUCCUCCCAGCAAGGCAGCAGAGAGCUGCAUACUCUUCCUCCUCUUCGUCUUCCUCCACCCCCAUCACCUCCUUCUCCAUCCAAACCUCCAAGAAGUUCCCGUUCUUCCAUGUCGUCAAAUGCUGCAGGUACGAGGCGGAGAACGCCUUCUUCUCCAGUCUGAAGCUGAAGGACUUCAACAUCAUCGACACCCUCGGAGUCGGAGGCUUCGGACGCGUCGAGCUGGUGCAGCUGAAGAACGAGGAGGCGAAGACUUUCGCCAUGAAGAUCCUGAAGAAGCGUCACAUCGUCGACACGAGACAACAGGAACACAUCCGCUCUGAGAAACACAUCAUGACCGAGGCGCACUCCGACUUCAUCGUCAGGUUGUACCGGACGUUUAAAGACAGUAAAUAUCUGUACAUGCUGAUGGAGGCCUGUCUGGGAGGAGAGCUGUGGACAAUACUGAGAGACAGGGGUUCGUUUGAAGAUUCAACCACCAGGUUCUACACAGCCUGUGUGGUCGAAGCCUUCGCCUACCUGCAUGCCAAAGGCAUCAUAUACAGAGACCUGAAGCCUGAAAAUCUCAUCCUGGACAGCCGGGGAUACGCCAAGCUGGUGGACUUUGGUUUUGCCAAGAAGAUUGGUUUCUGUAAGAAGACGUGGACGUUCUGCGGGACGCCGGAGUAUGUCGCUCCAGAGAUCAUCCUCAACAAAGGUCACGAUGUCUCAGCAGACUACUGGUCUCUGGGUAUCCUGAUGUACGAGCUGCUGACCGGCAGUCCCCCGUUUUCAGGUCCAGAUCCAAUGAAAACCUACAACGUCAUCCUGAGAGGCAUCGACAUGAUCGAGUUCCCCAAGAAGAUCACCAAGAACGCCGCCAACCUCAUCAAGAAGCUCUGCAGAGAUAAUCCCUCAGAGAGACUUGGAAACCUGAAAAACGGAGUCAAAGACAUCCAGAAGCACAAGUGGUUUGAAGGUUUUAACUGGGAGGGUCUGAGGAAAGGAACUCUGACUCCACCCAUCACACCUGACGUGAGUCGAAGUAGAAUUCAUGUUAGACCAAUCAGGGCUCAGUAAAUGUUCUGAAU